CGAAUUGGUUACCAGAUGAUCAUAAUAAGGUCCAAUGAUACCAAUCCACCAGGAGAGCGAACAUUGAAUGAUGAAAGUUUCAUGAGACAUUUUGAUUCUGUAAAACUGAUUCACCAUUGAAAAUAUUUCUCGAUUCAACUUUAUCGGCAGUUGAAUUUUCGUAAAUCUAAUCAACAAGAGAAAAAUUAAGUUAAAUGGCAUAACCUAAAACGAAUUUAAUAUCGCUAAGACUUUUUGGUUCGAUAUUUUCUUCCAUUUGCAAUAUUCACAAUUUCUCUGAAUCUUUCUAGAAAAAAGUUCUCACUGAAAUGGUUGAAUUGUGAAUCUCUUUUGGAAGCUCAUGUUAUAAAUGCACUGGAAUAAGAACCAAUGUACUGGCAUUCGCUUUCAUGUUGCUGGAGAUAAACAAUUUUCUUCUUUUUUGGUUCCUUUUUGGGUUCAAAUGGCGAAACAGUAAUUGAUUGGAAUAGCAAUGGAUUCGAAAAGAGAAUGAGAGAGCUCGAUAAAGAGCAGAACGAGGAUAAAGACUGCGCAUCGAAUUUUGUUAAAGUUCUUUUCUCAUAAAUCGAUAGAAGAGAAUCCAACUAAGGUUUACUUGGAAAGAGUGAGAAGUACAUAAAGAAGAAGAAGAAGAGAGGGAAAAGAUCAUGAUGAUGAUCAUCUAACAAGAGUAAAAAAAGAAACUGAUGAUGAUGGAAUGAGUGAAUCUGAAGUUUCCUCGUUAGUUUCCUUUUAGGUUUCCUUGUCUUCCGUUGAUUCUUCAUGUUGAUCCUCAUCAUGUCCAGAAUUUCAUGAUAAUCAGUAUCUUCAUUUGAUAAACAGAUUCUAUCAUCGAUAUCAAUAAAGAUAAUCAACUCUAAUAAUAUUAUCAAGUUGCUUCCUUGCUCCAUCAUCAUCAAACAGUGUUUGCUUUUUGCUUUGGUAACUUAAUUGUGUUCAUAUUGCAGUUGGAGGAUUGAUUCAAAUUUCCAAUGGAUUCAAAUGGUUCACAUGAUAUUUACGAGGUGAAAGAAAUUGUUGGCAUGAAAAAAGUUUCGGGUGAAUACUUUUAUAAGGUACGAUGGAGAGGUUAUGGACCCGAGAAUGAUACAUGGGAGCCCCAGAGUAAUUUCUUUACCUGUCACGAUGUAAUCGAAGAGUACAAGAGUAAAAUUAAAGGAAAUUCUGUUGGAAAUGGUUGUAAUGUUGUAAAAGAGAACGAAAAUGAAAGUAAAUUGUUAAAAUCGAAAAGUAAUAAGGUAAAUGGUGGAUCUCGUCGUUAUUCAGAUAAACUUAAUUCUUCACAAGGUUCGACUUGUUCCAAGCGAAUUGGAAUUGUAACCAAAUCAAAUUGUGCUCGUUUACUUAAAACCCGCUUAAAAAAGUCGGCUUCAUCUGUUGAUUCGGAUAAAGAUCAGAUCAGAUCUCGUCGUUCGUCAACAAUAUUAUCAUCGUCAACCUCUCACACUGUUAAAAGGUUAACAAUUAAAACGGAAGCAGAUGAUCAAUUUGAUGAUUCGAGUUUGGUUAUCAACAGUAAAUCAACAACAAUUGAAUUGAAAGGAGUUAAUAACAUUGAUGAUAAGAUUACCUCUUGUAAUAAUGUACGAUUAAAAUCUAAUUGUGUAAAUAUCAAUAAGAAAUCAACACAGUUAAAUUGUAAUGAUGAUCAAUCAAAUAAUCCAUCGACCACCAGUUCACCAGUACCUCCAUUUUUAUCACCAUCAUCGUCAUUUGCAUCUUCACCAUCCUCAUCUUCCUCCUCAUCCUCAUCUUCUUCAUCUUCUUCAUCAUCAACCUCAUCAACCUCUUCAUCCACAGAAUCAAUCUGGUCCAAUGUUAAUUACAAUCUAAAUCAACGAUUAGGAAGUGAAGGUAAAACCCCAUUGAUCCGAGCAUCAGAAGCGGGCAAUGUUAAGCUGGUUGAGUUUCUAUUGGAUUCUGGUGCAGCUAAAGAUGUCACUGAUUCCGAAGGGAAUACAGCUUUAAUUCUGGCAAGUCAAAAUGGUCAUCAUGAUGUUGUCCGAUGUCUCCUUCUUUAUGGAGCCAAUUUCUCAAUAAUAAACGACGCUGGUUCGAGUGCAUUACGAACAGCUAAAUUGUUUGGAAACAAUGAAACUCAACAUAUUCUAACUAAACAUGUUUCUCAAAUUACCAUGGCAUUGGAAAAGCAAGUUAUUGACCUUCUUCGAAGUACAGCUCGAAUUAGUCAUGCUCUUUUUCCGAUUCAAUGUCAUUCCUCGAAUGAAAAUGUCCGAUUUCGUUUGUUGUUUAACUUUGAUUCCAUCGAACCAGCUCAACCAGGUGUAAAUUACCUGUUGUUCAUUAGUGAUUCUACUUUCAGUCUUUUUAAGCCAAUCUCAUUGAGAUUUUCCAAAUCAUCAGCCAAUGUCAACGUUUACCUCAAUCGAAAACCUCAAAAAUCUCUAACAGAGAAUGUCAAGUAUGUUUUCUCAUUUACACCGUUACGUCGAGGUGUUAAUGAGCUUCUACUUACUAUUAAGGAAUCAAAAUUGCGAAAGUGUUUCAUCAUAUGUGCCUAUCAAGUUACUCUUCUCAACACUUCAUCUAAAGUGGACAUUGAUUGAAAUGAUUACAUUGAUUUCCAAAUAAAUCUCAUCAUCAACCUCAUAUUAAACAACAAUAAUAUCACAAGCAUGAUCAUCAUUAUCAAUCCAAAAGGAACCAUAUGACCACAAUUCAAGCUCGAAAUCAACAAUAAUAAUAUCAGCUGAGUGUCAACUGAUGGUCACAAAUUGUAGCGUUUAUUUUGUUAGUAGUUGGAGUUGGAAAAGCUAAAAUAUUAGUUCUAAACUCAUUGGUACUGAAAAUGAACACAAAAGAUUUGCUCAUUAAUCGACAUAAGUACAGAUUCACUUUCCAAUGUGAAUUUAAUUUGAUUAAAUCAAUACAAGUUUAACUUUCCAAAAGCUCACAAAUAUUGGAACAAUUUAUCGAUAUUAUCCCAACUUAUCCGAAAUAUACAUUAUCGGAAUUACAGAAGACAUUUUCAAUAUUAUCACAAAGCAAAAUUCUCAAUUCUGGAUAAUCAAAUCAUUUUGUCUUUCUAAUUAUUCGUUGUGAUAAUAAUAAUAUUACAAAAGAAAAUGUUUCGUUCUUAUUGUUUAAGUUGAUCUGUUUUUCUUCAUAUGUUUGUGUUUAUAUUUGGAAUUAAUCAACAACAAACUUGCAAUCAAAAUCGAAAUCGAAAUCCAAGUGAAAUCUUAUCAACCAAAAUCUCUCGAUCUCGAAUCGGACAAUUAACCAAAGGUCCACACGACAAUUAAUCUACAUUACGAUUACAAUUAAAUUGUAUUCUUUUUUCUUACUCUCAAUGUGUUGAUUACAAUUUAUCGUUUUCUUAUUCGAUUAAAUGUUUUUUUCUCUCUCCCAAA